GUUCGCUGGAUGCAUAAUGAAUCCCUAGAAGUAGGUUCUCGAACUCGCCCAACCUCUUCCUCCAGUUUCCUUCCAACUUGCUUUAUAUUAGGGACUGCGGGUAUUAAAGCAAGGGCACAUUCCCACCAACGUACGAAGAUCAGGCAAUAAUACACUGAUAUUGAGUAGACUCCAUCCCGAAGAAAAGGAACACAAUCUACAAUGGUUUCAUCAUCUCGCACACAGAAGGAAAAGCCCGACCCUAUAGUCUUCAGAGCUCCCCUGCUCAAGCCGGACACGCGUCUCAAAGUCUUCACGAAGGAGUUCCACGUUUCGAGCGUCAUACUAAAGCAGAAGAGUGCGUUCUUCAAGUUCCUCGAGUCGCCCGACAAGCCUGCGCCCACGGCUAGGGGGCCUUUUCGGUACGAAUGGAUCACGAAGGUUGAUUCGGAUGGGACGUGGAGUUUGGAAGAUGCUUUUGAUUCGAAGAGAACUUGGCUUGACGAGAUUCUUCAGGAGUCAGCCGGAAAUAUAGAGGAUUUUGGCGGCAGUCCCUAUGUUCGAAAAAGUCAGGAAACGGCCUUUGAAAAAUUGCUACUUGCGUUCUACGGCCGGCCAUACACUAUUGAAUUCUUCGUAGAGCUCCAUACGAUGGUACAGAUGGCAGAAGAUUAUUGCGCCCUCCCUGCACUCUCUGCCUCCUUGUCAGGAGCUCUUUUCCACAGUCCAAAAUUCCGUUCUAACAUUGGAUAUUUUUCUACCAAGCUGCUUGGAUUGGCUAUUAAGCUGCGACAUGAGGUCCUGUUCAGGGAGUGCUUGAUUCAUGUUCUUGGACCGUGGAAAAAACCGAGGUACAAGGCCAUCUUCAAUCCUAACCUUUACAAUAUCGCGCAGGCAGCCUACAAUAAAAUGUGUGCAGACCUUGUAUCUUGCCAGCAAGAAAUCUCACACAUAAUAUUUGAAUGGCCACCGAAUGAAGUGACUAGACAGACUUGGGAGAUCCUCAAGUUGACUGAUCAGGGCGACGGCAUUUCAAUGCCAGCAUAUUAUGCAGCUCUUCAGAAAUCUUUGGAUAUCCUCUGUUACGGAAAGAGUUUUCCGACUCUGGAAAGGCUGCUUUCAAAUAAUCUCGUCUUGGACCCUUUUGGAGAGACAGGAGUCGACAAAUACACGGAUUUCUUCCUUUGUGGAACUGACGUCGAGCUACCAUGGAAUCAAACAGAAUCCGACUGGUAA